CUGGCUUCUCUCAAUCAUAGGAUGUGCCUUAAUCGCGACUUUUGGUUCUAAUUCAAUGUCGUCCAUUCUUUACGUUUUCCUACGAAACAAACCGUUAAAUUGGACAUCCGAUUUGUAUAGUUACUUACAAUCAAUCAAUUAUCUUCUAGGAGGAUGCACUCUGUUAAUUAUGGUACCAUUGGUACAGAAAUUUAUCCCUCGUCUUGUGAACGAUGAUCUUUUUGCUUUAAUGGGAUUUACAUCUCGAGCUGUUGGUUUAAUUGCAAUUGGAUUAGCUCAUUCAUCACUUCAUGCUUUCCUUACACCUUUAGGAUUUAUAUUUUCAGAGCUAACUUUACCCUCUCUAAAGUCAAUUGUUUCCAAGAUUGUGGAUGCCGAUGAAAAAGGUAAAGCAUUUGCUUUCCUUGGACUAUUAUCAAAUGUCACCUUCUUACUUGGAUCACAAAUAUCAAGUUUAAUCUAUUACAAAACUUUAUCCUUUUCCCUGGAUUAGUGUUGAUUAUCCUUGGAUGUUUGGAGAUAAUCCCAGUCACAGUAUUUUUGAUCAAAUUUAUAUUUUACAAUCAAUUCUUUUCUCCUUCAAUUACCUCUGAUAAUGACAAUCAACAAAUCAAGAAAGAUGAUCAAGGUGAUGAUGAAAAUUUCAAUGGUUAAGGUGAAAGCUAAACAAG